AUGGCCGCCGGUGUCGGUGAAUCGACUAUCGUCUCAAAUGCCUCCAAUUUGGCAAAAUACAUGAAAUUGGACCAAAGAGGAAAGGCUCUUGCUGAGUACAUUUGGAUUGAUGGCACCAAUGGCCUUCGAAAUAAGACAAAGACCCUGGACAAGGCUCCCAAAUCCGUCGAUGACCUCCCCGAGUGGAACUUUGAUGGUUCUUCCACGCUCCAAGCCCCGGGUGACAACUCCGAUGUCUACAUUCGCCCCGUCGCCAUGUAUCCCGAUCCCAUCCGUCUCGGUGACAACGUCUUGGUCAUGUGCGAGACCUGGGAUCCUGAUGGGACACCCAACAAAUUCAACUUCCGACAUGAGGCCGCAAGACUGUUGGAGGCAAACGCUGCACAUGAAGUCUGGUUCGGUCUAGAACAAGAAUACACUCUCCUCGGCCCUGAUGGAUGGCCAUAUGGCUGGCCAAAGGGUGGUUUCCCCGGUCCUCAAGGUCCUUACUACUGCGGUGUCGGCACUGGCCGUGUCUACUGCCGUGACAUCGUCGAGGCCCAUCACAAAGCAUGCAUGUAUGCCGGCAUCAACAUCUCAGGCACCAACGCCGAAGUGAUGCCCGCUCAAUGGGAAUACCAAGUUGGUCCUUGCGAGGGCAUCAACUUGGGUGACGAACUCUGGGUCUCUCGAUGGCUCCUACACCGUAUCGCUGAAGAAUUCGGCGCCAAGGUCUCCUUUGCUCCCAAGCCCAUUCCCGGUGACUGGAACGGUGCUGGUCUCCACUCCAACGUUUCCUCCAAGGAGAUGCGUGCAGAAGGUGGCAUGAAACACAUUGAAGAGGCGAUGAAGAAGCUCGAGAAGCGUCAUGCGGAGCACAUCAAGGUGUACGGUGAAGGCAAUGCCGACCGUAUGACUGGUGCACAUGAGACAUCCAGCAUCGACAAAUUCACCUGGGGUGUUGCCAACCGUGGCUCGUCAGUCCGUAUUCCUCGCGCCUGCGCCCGGGAAGGCAAGGGCUACUUCGAGGAUCGACGACCCGCCUCCAACGCCGACCCAUACCAAAUCACCGGUAUCAUCACCGAGACCAUGUAUGGCUCCCUGCCCGAGGAGAAGUUUUAA